AUGUCUUUCACCGGCACGCAGGACAAGUGCUUUGCGUGCGAAAAGACGGUCCAUUUCAUCGACCUCCUCACGGCGGACGGCGUCAUCUACCACAAGACCUGCUUCAAAUGCAGCCACUGCAAAGGGAUCCUCUCGAUGUGCAGCUAUUCUUCCAUGGACGGUGUCCUCUACUGCAAGACGCACUUCGAGCAGCUCUUCAAGGAGACAGGGAGCUUCUCAAAGAAGUUCACACCGGGUAACAAAUCUGGCGACAAGAAUGAACUGUCAAGGGUCCCAAGCAAGCUAUCCGCUGCCUUCUCCGGUACUCAGGAUAAGUGUGCAGCCUGCACGAAAACAGUGUAUCCACUCGAAAAGAUGACUCUGGAGGGCGACGCAUACCACAAGAGCUGCUUCAAGUGCUCCCACGGGGGCUGCAUCCUAACCACCUCCUCCUACGCCGCCCUCAACGGUGUCUUGUACUGCAAGAUCCAUUUCCAGCAACUCUUCAUGGAGAAAGGAAGCUACAGCCACAUGAAGAAGAAGAGCCCCUCGCAGGAGGUGUUGCCCGAUUUGGUGGCGGCAGCCGAAGAGCAACCGGCCGCAGAGGCGGCACCGCCGCAAGAUGAAGAAUAGAGAGCAAAAUUAGGAAAACACGAAACUUAUAUACGCAGCACAACCUGGAAUCCAUGCUUGUUAUUUUUACAAAUUGGU